AUGGCUUCCGCAAACGCAGCCGCGGCCGAUAUGGAGCGAUCAAGAGUACCAUGUGCUGCUAUUGUCGAGGAGGACGGCGUGGAAAGAAACUGUCGAGGUAGGGCGGGCCUUCUCUGUACUGAGUGCCAUCUAGUGCAGUGGUGCUCUCAAGAAUGUCGCUUGAGCCAUCUCCCAGAGCACGAGAAAGACUGCAAAUCCGAACUUGCCAGCGAUCAGUGGCGUCCAGAGUGGGUGAAGGAGAACAGAGAGCCAGUAUUCCACGGCCGCGAAUUGAAGCAUGUUCCUGCCCUCGAUGUGUUGAGCCUGAGUGAGAAUGAGGGAGCAGACUAUGCCAGGCGUCUGGCUGUCAGCUUCGCUGCUGCUGGCGACAUCCGCAACAUUGUGCACACGGUCAACGCCCUUCCAGCAUCAUUUAACAACAUUGUCAAUAUCCAUAUCAACCAUUGGGACAUCGAUGUCGUCACUCGCAACAUCACAUUGCUCAUACUCGCAUUGACCGACCCUGAGGAUACCGAGGAUGUUGGGGACGUGUUGGAUUGUAUGAUACACGUGUGGUACUCUGCGUUCCUCACACCGAAGCACCGAGAUCUAAUCAAACGCCUCGUGCUGCCGCGCAUCCAACCUGCUGUCGACGCAACGAGAGGAUAUACCGACAUCAGCAAGCACCAGAAGACCAUGUGGUUCGGUGAUGAGGGGUGCUCCCUACGCAUCGUCUUGAGUGGUGCUGACUGGAAGCCACACCGCAAUCGAGUAGUGCUCGCCCACAAGGAUGACUUCCAACGCGCUUUAUGUUACCAGCCGGGCGCAUCAAAGGCUGCCGUACACAAGUUUCGCCAGACUGGAGUUCUCCUGCCAUUUGGUAGCAGCCAGUUUGAGUAUGUGUGCCCAAACCCGACACUGUUCCGUGAAGAUGGAACGUGGAGCGCCAUGGACAGCGCCGACCCUCGGGAGGGCUACUCCUUUGACGAAAUUGUGCAGUACAUCGUAGAGGGUUGCCCCGUUCCACCAAACGACGAAUAUGGCCAGAGCUAUGUCGUCCUCCGAGACCAGCUCCAGAAAUUCCGCAAUCGAUGUCGCCAGAGCAAAAUCUCGUUUGAUGCUACGUGUUCCAGGGUGUCCGAUUUGGCGGAUCAUCUGACCGAAUAUGGGCCCAAACGUUUCGACCGGAUCGAGGUAUCGAAUAUCAUGGAUCCAGGCUCGCUACACUACGUCAGUAUCAGACAAACACUUCGCACCGUGGGCUCCCUUCUUUGCCAGAUCAAUCGUCACGCAACAGUGGUGUCGUUAUUCGACUACUCGGUACAUGUUGUCCAGCUACGCCACGAAGCGAGCAUAACCCAAGAGCUGUCUUCAACAGUGACAACGUAUUUGCCAGUUCCACGAGACCUGCGGGAGUCGAUAUAUCGCUACGAUCCACGAAUGUAUCGACUAAUCGUCGCCGCGGACCUCUGCUCGCCGUGGGCCGACUGGUUUGACGAGUUCUUCCAAGAGUUGCGAGCGGAAGAAGAUGCAAGGAAUUGCGGAUUCAAUGCGAGAGACACCAACACGAUUGUGACGAAGUUCCCGUGGAUGUUCGAGGGCGACCGAAAUGAUAUCGAGGGCUCACGUACAAAACUUCUCCGGAUGCUGGAAGGUCGGCUCUGUGGUGGAGAGUGCUAUGUGGAAUGGGUGCGCGAAUGA